ACCUGUGAAAGCGAGCACACGCAACGCAGCUACGCAAGCAAGCCUGUUCUCUGUCGAUUGAGGCCGCUACACGGCGGCAAUGGAGGGAAGAAGGGCGGCCGUGUCGUUGGUGGCAGCAGUGUCGCUGCUGCUGGCGUGCUCGCGAUCCCCAUUCCCGGUCGUCGCCGCUGAUGAGGGCGAGCCGGCGGUGGGGGCCCCGGACACGAACCAGCUGUGCGUGAGCAAGUGCGGGACGUGCCCGACGAUCUGCACGGCGUCGCCGCCGACGAUCCUGCCGAUGACAGCGCCGCCGCCGCCGGCCCUUGCGCUGCUGCCGCUGUCCGCGCCCCCGCCGCCGUACCUGCAACUGGUGCUGCCGCCGCCGCCAACGGGGGACGUGUACGACCUGCUGCCUCCGGUGACGCCUCUCACGAGCCCGCCGGAGUCCCCGUGCACGACCCCGCCUUCGUCCUCAUCGUCGUCGACGGAGCCUCCGCCGUCGCCACCCUCCUCCUCCUCGCCGCCGUCGCCGCCGCCGCCGAAGAGCGGCGGCGACGGUGGCAGUGGCUCGUCCUCGCACUUCUCGUCCCCGCCGUCGUCGUCAAACCCGUACUACUACCUGUACCUCUCCGGCGGCGCCAGGGCCCGCGGCGGCGCGUCCAGCAGCGCUUGCGCGGCGCUCGUCCUCGCCGCGUUCCUGCCCGCCGUCGCCCUCUUCAAGUGACGCGCGCUCUGUUGGUUACUAGUUACGACUGCCAUCCAUCAGUCGGCUGUCCAGACCGGCCGGCGUAAAGACUAGGACAUGCAUUACGUACUCUCUUCGUUUUGGCAUCCGAUUCGAUGAUGAUCUGUCGACCUUUCCGAUGCCAGAUGAUUGUCCAUGCAGACAGUACGUAGUUGUGUUUACAUUUUGUCCAUUGUACCUUAAUGAUUUUGUAAAGUGGAUUCUGAUGAUGGUUUAUUGUGU